GCGCCGCCUUGCAAAGAAGGAGCCGGAGGGUGUGGAGCGCAUAGCGAGAGUCUCUGUGGGGCGCCGGCGGCCUUUUUGUCCUCUUGCCCUGCUUGUCAGAGGGGGAAGAAGGAAGCCUUUUGGCCGCGGACAGCGCGGACAGCAGACAGGGAGGUCGGCCGGUGCAUUUAAACGCGAUUUUUUUUCAAGUUAUCCGUUCCCACGUCGGCCACGGGACACGCGGGACUGAGGCCAGACGUUUCCUUUGACUCCGGGCUGGGCGCACGUGCUGCUGCCAGGAAACGCCCCUUCCCACGCCAACAAGCCUCUCACUCCUCCCUACUGCUCGAAUAGUUUCUUGGGGAGUGGGUGACCGACCCCGCACCCCCACCCCACUUUCAACUUCUAGCAAGGUCCGCCUCUGGUCUCUGCUCCUUUUCCAGCGUGCCCGGGAAUCUCUUGCGGAGCACCGGCUCUCCAGGGCUGGGCGCACGCCUUGACCAAAUGGAGAAAAGGAAGCCGCGGGCCGCGGCGGAUCAGCCUCUGCGAACCGCCAGCUGCAACGGGUACGCGCUGGCAGAGAAGCAGCCGCCCCUUCAGCGGAGUCUCUCGGGAGAAGCGCCGUCCCGUAGCUGGAAGAGCGCGGCUGGCGGGCAUCCCUUAGAGAGCUGGAAGGAAGAGCGGACCCGCAGCGAAGAGGACAACGAAAUGAACUUGCCCGGCCUGGCCGCCGCUUACACCACCAUCCUGCGUGCCUUGGGCGAGGACCCGCAGCGCCAGGGGCUGCUCAAGACGCCCUGGAGGGCGGCCACGGCCAUGCAGUACUUCACCAAAGGCUAUCAGGAGACCAUUACAGAUGUACUCAACGAUGCCAUAUUUGAUGAAGACCAUGAUGAGAUGGUGAUUGUGAAGGAUAUUGAUAUGUUUUCAAUGUGUGAACAUCACCUGGUUCCAUUUAUUGGAAAGGUGCAUAUAGGUUACCUUCCCAACAAACAAGUCCUUGGGCUCAGCAAGCUUGCAAGGAUUGUGGAAAUAUACAGUAGACGAUUACAAGUUCAGGAGCGCCUUACAAAACAAAUUGCUGUGGCCAUCACAGAAGCCUUGCAGCCCGCUGGAGUUGGGGUGGUGAUUGAGGCAACGCACAUGUGUAUGGUGAUGCGAGGGGUUCAGAAAAUGAAUAGUAAGACUGUAACCAGCACCAUGCUUGGAGUAUUCCGAGAAGACCCAAAGACACGUGAAGAAUUUUUGGCACUCAUCCGUAGCUAAAAACAUGCCAUCGAUUUUCCUUCCUGGACUGUCUUCUCUAGCAUUGAUGUUGAAUCUUUUGUUGUUUGUGUUGCUCCUUCUCUUUUUGGAAAAGUAACAGUCACUUUAACAUUUCUGAAGUUUUACUGUGUUGGUGGUAAGUUCCAACAUGUAGUUUCUUUGUCCAUUUGGUUCCUUGUGUCAUUGGAGCAUAAAGGUCCUGGAAAUAUUUUCUCAAUCUAUGUUAUGUGGCUGUUAUAAGGCAAAUGUCAUGCAGUGGCUAUGUGUUUUUGUGUGGGCUUAGUCAGGUUGUUCUUGUCAAAGUCAUCUGAAAUGCUUGAAGGAUAUAUCCCACUGAGACAGAGAAACCCUUUGCCCUAAUGUACAGCAAAUUUCUCCAUCCUUUUUCCAAGGUCAAGAAAGAUGGACAAAGGAAUUAGAGGCUUGUCUAGAUGUUGAAGAGAGGGCACUACUUCCUUCCCACAUCAUUACGGGGUCAUAUAUUCAUUCAUUCAUUCAUUCAUUCAUUCAUUCAUUCCUAUUCCUUGUUUCAGAGCAACUUGUACCACCACUCCCUCGGCCCUCUAUUUUGUACUUCAGUUGCAGCUAGCCCAAUUCUUCACUUUUGUAAUCUCUUUUACUUUUUGCAAAUGAAAGUGGCCCCAUUUUCAUCAGGUGGAUGAAUUUCCGUUGCCUUUGCUCAGAUGUCUCUCCAAACCCAGGCAAGUAGAAGUCAAAUUCCUUUGAUUAAUUUCCAUUGAUGAAAUGGAAAUUAUGGACCUUCUGAGAGAGGGAAGGAAAAUCUGGAACUCUUGUUUUGGAGUGGUUAAAUUAUUGUGUUCAUUACUGAUAUAAUAGUUAUAUAUAAUAGUUAUAAUUAUAAUACUAAUAUAAUUUUUAAAUUUUUUUUGUUUUGAAAGACCCAGGGUCUGAAAUCUUGAGAUACUUAUGUUAACCUCAUCAUAAUGCAGGAAACUGGAUAGCAACUGCUUUUCCUGGACAGGAGUUGCUUAGAUUUGGCAAAAACUCUGACACUGAAGAGAAAAAAUAAGUCAUAUUUUGCCUGGCGUUUAUUUCAUUAAAGGAACAAGAUACAAAACGGAAUUCCUUUUGAGGCGAUGGGAGCAGAACUAUGUACAAACCCAGCCCUCCUGCAUAAACUGGGUCUACGGUUCCAGGCUUGUUAGGAAUUCUGGGAAUUGUAGUUUCAACUCAUUUGGAAGACAUUAUCAUGGGGGAGGAUGACCUGCCCUCAGGAAUCCAGGACUGAUUACAUUUUGAUAGGAUUGGAGCAUUGUAUUUUUCCCUUAUAUGAAAGUGAUGUGGAUGUUCUCUUUUGGUAAACUCUAGUAAACCUUUUACCACAUAAUUUCUGUUCAAUAUAGGUUGUGACUAUACUGUGGACACUACCACAUGGUUUAUAUUCUAUACUGGACUUACAUUCAAGUAAGAAUGAUUUAAGUUACUUCUUGGAUGUCAGCCCUACAUUGUUUACAACAACUUGGUGCCAAUUUCAGACCACCUUCAGCCUGGGAUUCUGCAUCUUUGCUAAAACAGGCCUUGACAGGAACUUUUUGAACAGAAUCAGUUUUCAAACCAAGAUGGAAUAAAGGAUAUUGGGAGGCUGUAUUUAGCAGCCAAUUCCUUAUUUGUCUUCAGUUUUUCCAUUUGUCUUUUUGCUGUUCAGAAGUGAUUUUGUAAGUUAAAACUAUGUGGAGGAAAAACACAUCUCUGGAAAAACCCAGAGUUUUGCCUUCCUGAUCCCCUCCUGGGUAUUGGAUAAUAUGAUAGACUCUGUUUCCUUGGCAGAGUUAGCAACUGCUUUCUCUUGUCCUGUGGCCCUUGGCAAGUUCCCAUCAUCGGGAGGGUAAAUCAGACAUUUAGAUCAUGAAGCGGACAGUCUGCGCAGCUCCAGUGGGUUCUGGUUGUUUGUGCGAAGGACUUUGAAGGAUCUCCCUCAUCUCAGUUCUGCCCAUGAAAAUGCCAAAAUGCUCAGCCGAAUUCAGGCUUACCAAAUCAACACCCAGAAUUCCAUGUUUAGACAACUUGUGUAAUGUAAUUUGCUCAGUCAUAGUAGGAGAGAAGGAGGUGUGCAUGGCACAGAGCUCCUUAUUUCCAGAUGUUUUGUUCAGGCUCCCUUUGGGUUUUGGGGAAUAUCAUCAUCCAUUGCUUAGUUUGCAAGUAUUUCUUUGCUGCAUUAACUCAAAUUGCCCUGGAGCGGACUUCAACAUGCAAUUCUUAAAUGGAUUUCUGUUGGAUCCAUGGCAGGGUACCCAGAUUUGCGAGUGUAUUUAUAGCAUGCAGAAACUCCAGCCAAUGAUGCCUUUCUAACAAAUGCUGCCUUCUAGGGAAGUGGGCAUUAUUUUAUUUCCACAUUUCAGUCUGAGGCAUCUUCCUAAACCCAGGAUGGACAACCUACAGUUGCAGGCACCUGAUUUCUGUUUAUGGCUCUCUGGCCAUGUUGGUUAAACAUGAAGGCAAAGUCUCCUGCAAUUUGAUGCAGGAAACAUGAACGCUGCUAUACAAGCUCUAAAAUAGGCAUAUUGCUGUAACACCACCACCCCUAUCCCUCUACUCUUCCAUGAUAUAUAUAACCCCACUCAUUUUUUUGCUCCUAAGCCCCAUCACCGUUUUAAAUGUAAUAUUGGCCAGCAAAGGUUGCCCAUUUCUGAAAUAAAUAAGUAAUUCUGGUUUUGGACAUUUUCUUCCUUCACCAUAAAGUCCUCAGCAGAUGAGAGCUUGAGUAAGGUUCACAUGGGAGCUGUGAGCACAGCAACCCUGGUUUGUGGUGUCCAAAGUAGGUCAGGCUCUUUUUUCCCUCUUGUGUAACUGGAAUGUCACGAAAAGCCGCUUACUGGAACUGAUCUCAAUAAUUGCCUUCUGAAUGGAAAACAUAUUAAAGAAAGUUUUAUAACCACUCUAAUUAGAGAAAGACACUACAUCCAUCUAGGUUAUUUUACAAAUUGCACUGUAAUGUCUCAAAGGCCUAAAAUUGCACUGUGAAGUUGGGAGAAGCCAGUGACUUGAUUGGUCUGGAGAGUUCAAGUCGUCGUUGCACCAGUGCUUGAAAUAGGAAGAGGAAAUAGCUACAUCCAGCCAAUCUCUCUCUCUUUCUCUUCCUUGUUUUUUACCAUGCAAUCCUCCCGACAUACCUCUUCACUGGUACCUGGAUGCAUCCUUAAUAGCCCUGCUUCCUCUCUUGCCUAGUUUGAAAAUGCGUGAGGGAUGCAAAGAAGUCCAUUUCCAUUCCUUUCCCUGGAAGAAAGGAAAUUCCAAGUGGCUUGUUCUUUUUGUGGCCUUAAUGUAUUGAGAUCCUUUGGCUCAGUGAAUCCUAUUUAUGUUUUUUGUGAACUCUCUCUCUCUUGCCCUUACUGCCUUUAUACUACUACCCGUAUGUAUGUUUAUGUAAGUAUGUGUUUAUCCAAAUAUGUAUAUGUACAUGUAUGUAAAUCAUAUGCAAUUUGCUGUUGUCUCUCCCUCCAAAUUCUGGCCUAUUUAUAGUAUUAAAAUGCAGUGUUGAUCACUUUU